GGGAAAUCUUAAAGUGGGAAAUUCAAGAUUUUGAUUUAUGAAUUUGUUCACAUUUUCACUGAUUUUUCCGUUUGUUGAUCAUAGUGAACCUUGUUAACCAUGACAGUGUGACAAUCUUUGACCAUAGCAAAUAGGAAGACACUUUCAAGAUGAACUGUAGUUUCAUGGAUGGGACAGUUGAGCAGCUCUUUGCAGAGGUGAAAAGAACUUCUGAAGGGAAAGGAUGUGUGACAGAUGAAGUGAUGUCUGCGUUGAACUUUGUAUUCCAAGCAUCAUUGCUUCCAGCAUUGGAUCUAGUGGACAAUAAGUGUGUGACCCACAUCAGUAGCCCCAACGGGAGAACAGUUUAUCAGGUGAUAGGCAGCUCUGGCACACCAUACACGUUAUGUGAAACUGUCAAUUUCUGUUGCUGUCCUGCAUACAGAUAUGCCGUCCUAAAGAGAGAGGAUCAGAUGAUGUGUAAACACUUCCUCGCCAUGAAGCUCUCUGAGGCACUGGGUGUUUGUAAGCAAGAGGAAGUCACAGAUAAAGAGAUGGUCUCACUUCUGGCGCAAAUAGGAUGAUAAUGGAUUGUGGACUUUUUCGAGUUCUACCCAGUUUAUUGGAAACUAUGGACCUUUGUCUUUUGUUGAAUCCCUUGAAUGUGGUGCUAAUAUGAUUCCUCAUCAGUAUGAUAUCAAAUAAAAGCCAACAGAUGAUUUCUAAAUACACUGUAGUUUUAUUACUUCUUUGUAGAUAAAACUCGUUCAUCGGCAGUGAAAAAUAUACAAAGAUACACGUGAAUCCAUGAUUCUGUCAUUUGUCUACAAUACAAUCCAUUCACAGCUGCCCAACUGAUAUCAAUCAGAGCAUGCUUUACAUAUGUGUGCUGGUUGCCUUCUCAUACUCAAUGAAACUGUCCAUCUCCGAAAACAUGAUAUUGCAUUACCGUGGGUCUUGGCAGUGAUGAAACCCAUUCAAAAAUGAACUUCACCAAGCCCUCAACAGUAGUCGCAAGCU